GAAAUUGCAGCUUGUCUGUUUGGGACGGGGCCAUUUAGAUUGUCAUACUGGUGCUCUCCGAAGUCUGAGAUGGAGGGAAGAGUAUCAAAUGUAGAAAUCUGUAAUUUAGCUUAUACUGGAAAGUUUGAAGAACUUAAAAAAUGCGUGUUGUCUGACAGCUCACUAGCGACCAAAACAGACCAGGACAGCAGGUCUGCUCUGCACUGGGCUUGUUCAGCUGGACAUGUGGCUAUCGUGCAGUUUCUGUUGGAUCUUGGAGUCGAAGUGGAUCUCAAAGAUGAUGCAUGUUGGACUCCUCUUCAUAUAGCAGCAUCUGCUGGGAGAGAAGAAAUUGUGAGAUCCUUAAUAUCCAAAGGAGCUCAGUUGAACGCUGUGAACCAGAAUGGUUGCACCCCACUGCACUACGCAGCAUCGAAAAACCUAUAUGAGGUAGCUACAGCGUUUCCAGCUUCUUAUUUUUUUUUUUUUUUAAAUCAGA